CCCUCGGGCGUCGGCGAAGACGCACUAAUCAAGAAGCUAUUCGACUUACAUCCGGACACAUUCGCAUUCACUGUAUCCCACUCGACCCGCGCACCACGGGUCGGCGAAAUCCACGGCAAGAAUUACUUCUCUAUAGACAAGGCAAUGUUCGGGGACCUCAUUUCCCAGGACGCCUUCGUAAAAUAUGCCACCUUCGGUGGGAACCAGUAUGGCACGAGCAAGAGAACGAUCUCGGAUCAAAUGGAGAAAGGACCCGUGGUCGUGCUAGAUAUCAAAAUGAACGGUGUGAAACAGUAG